UUGGUUGUGGGUCAAGCACGCGUCGCCCCGCUCCUCUCCAUUCUGCACAACGCUCAGAAUGAUCAGAAAGAAAAAAUCUAAUCGACCCUCUGCCAUAAUACUCGUCUCUGAGGCUUCUCAGUUUCGCAAAGAAAAAUCCAGUUUCCUUACCUUGCCUGACCUGUUAGCGACAUUUGACACAGUGAUCGGUCUACUUGAAGUAGUUUCCUCACUUGGCUUGCAGAUCAUCACAAAGUUCACUUCUUGAUAUGCUUUGCUGGUUCUCCUAAUUUCCCUAACCUUUACAAACCAACGUUGGAGUGUCCCAGGAUUCAGCCCUUGGACCUCCUUUCUAGCUACACUGACUUCCUUGGUGACAGUUUUUCAUCCAGCUUCAUGGCUUUUAAAUUCUGUAUACGGAGCACGUCCAAAUUUAUAGCCCCACCCCAGGCUACUCCUCCGAAUUCUAGACUCAUCCAGAUGGCUUGAUGACUUUUUUUGAAUGUCAUACUAGGCCAAAGCUUUAUCCCCCAAUAUAACAACCCCCCUCUUCCAGUUGUUCCCAUUUCAAUAAAUGGUAACCCUAUCCUCAAGGAAUUAGUCAGCCCAGAAACCUAGAAGCGACUUUGUAGCUAACAGACUUCCUCCCCAAGCCAAGAAGCCAGCAAAUCCAGUUGGCUUUAAAAUGUAUCCAGUAUCUAGCAACUUCUCUCUGUAUCCAUCUUACCACCCUGGUCCAAGCCGUCAGUCUCUCCUGGGUCAUUGCCAACAGCUCCGGUGCAUUUCUGCCGUCCAUUCUCAAUCCAGCAACCAAAAUGAUAACAGCACUUUUGAAGAAACAUGUCCAUACUGCUUCCAGCUGCUGGUUCUGGAUAACUCUAGAGUGCGCCUCAAACCCAAGGCCAAACUGACACCUAAAAUACAGAAACUUCUUAAUCGAGAAGCAAGAAAUUAUACACUCAGUUUUAAAGAAGCAAAAAUUGUGAAAAAAUACAAAGACUCCAGAAGUGUAUUGUUGGUUACUUGUAAAACAUGCAACAGAACAGUUCAACAUCAUGGUAAAAGUAGAAGCUUUCUAUCAGCAUUGAAGAGCAAUCCUACCACUCCAACGAGUAAACUCGGCCUGAACACCCCGGAGAGGAUGACUCUAAGUUCUGCGAACCUGAAACAUGAUAGGUCUGGUUCCAAAGGGAAGAGCCCAGCAUUGACUUUCAGAACACCUACAUCUGGACAGUCAACACCUAUUUGCUCCUCAAAGAGUUUGGGCAAAACAAAGAAACACUUCUCUCAACUAAAAAUGUUGCUUAGCCAGAGUGAAUCCCAGAAGAAUCCAAAGGUGGACUUCAGAAAUUUCUUAUCUUCUUUGUAAAGGAUGGACUAGAAGAAUAAGAAGUGUUUAAUGCAAUUUAUGAAACUAAAGUUAGAAAAACUGUUUUUUUUUAAAAAUCUAUUUAGUCUUAAAAUACAUGAAAACCAGGGUCCAGGAACGAAUUUUUCUUGGCAUUUGCUUCAGUGUUUAUGGAGAAAAGCCCUCAUUAGAAUGAAAAACCAAAACCCGCACACCUCGCAAGGUGGCUGUGAGAAUCAGACAUGUCUGAAAGGUCCUCGUAAGCAGUAAGGAUAUACACGGACACUCAGUGGCUGUUACUGUCUUCUCCUUCCUUAAUUAACAGUUUUCAUUAUUUACGUCAUUUUCUUUCAUAAGGAAACUGAGAUCUUUACGAGAGGGUCUACUCACUCCUUUCUCGGUGUCCGUAGCCUUAUUGCUAAUUCAGAAAAAGUGUAAAGUACGUGUGUCUUUGUUUGCCUAUAUUCAUCCGCAUAACUGAAUAUUAGUAAAAAUUUAAACAUUAUUCCCAUUUUCCAUGCAAAAGUAAAUACAGGGGACAUUCUUGAUUAUA